UCGCGUUUAUGGUAGACUCCAAAAUCAACAUGGACGAAGCGCUUCCAAAAUAUUUUUCAUCUACGGAGAGAGAAAGGCUCGGGUAUUGAAGAUGAACGCGAGAACGCAGACGUUUGAACUGUCGUGUGAAGGUCGGCAGAUCGAAGAGGUCCUGUUAGGAAUCUUUCACACCAUCCUAUUCCACAGAACGACGGGGAAAUUCCACUACAAAAAGGAAGGAACCUACUCCAUAGGCACAGUAGGUGUUGUUGACGCUGACUGCGACUUUGUUGACUUCACUUACGUCCGCUGCGACUCGGACGAGCUCGAUCGGAGCCUGAAACGCGAAGUCGCGUCGUUCAAGGACGCCCUGAGAAAGGUGGAAGGUCCCUGCGAGGGACAAAUCUCCCUGGAGUUCUUCCAGAAGAAGCGAAGUCGGUGGCCGUUCCCUGCAGAGAGUAUCCCUUGGGAGGUGUGGACGCUGAAGCUGAAUGUCAUUGACCUGAGCAGUGAGAGUGAGCGGCAGAUCUGCCGGGAGAAGGUCGGCGAGAAGCUGGCGGAGAAAGUCAUCUGCAUCGCGGAGGCCAUGAAUCGACACGAGUUCCUCCCUAAGAACCCAAACGAGCCGGACCUGGACAACGUGUUUGACACCAGCUUCCCAGACGUGCAGCCCUACCUGCACAAGAUCACGUUCGAGACGGGGAGUUCCAGUGGGGCAAAUGUGGGCCUGACUGUCAGAAGACUCUUCAGAGACACUUUGGCCAUAUGAGAAGUUAUUUGACUGAGACUGUGUGAGAGGAAAUGUAAUCAGUCAAUGUUGAAGAUUAAUGUUAAAAGGUUGAAAGGACUAUGAAGGAAGUUGUCAGCAAAAGAUGUUUGGGUUUUGCCUUCGUCAUACAUUGUGCCCACUUUCCCACCACAUGUUUUUCCUAUCAGCAUAUAGUGUAACAGUUACUAUUGUAUGCUACGAAAAUAGCAGGCCAGUGGAGCCAAAAGUAUCAACCAAAAGCCAGCAGCUAACUAGAUUACUGCUGAAUGGAUUUUUCAAUGAUGCAACCUAUAAACUGUUGAACUCACUAAUCAAUUAAAGCUUGUACAGUGUAGAGGUCCAGAAUGUUGGAGGAUGGAUCCUAAGGACCUUCCUGUGAAAGACACCUGAUGGACUGGCUAUAGAUAUGUACACAUCAACUACUGGUUUAGUACUGGAUGUCAUAGUCAUGUACAAUAUGUACUGUGCAGUGCAUGUCAAAGAGGUGAUGUUCUGUUACAUUUAUUCAGUCUCAAAUGUGAUUUAGCCAAAAUAUUAGUAGUACUUGUACUUGCUGAUGAAAAAGUUCUACAUGAAUGCUACCGGGUAUAUUGCAAGUGAUAUACAUAUACACAUGAAUAUAUUCAGUAUAUUCAGGUAGUAUGACAAUUUGCUUUUGUUAUAUGUCAAAGAAAACACAACAACACUACAGUUCUCUAUUUCAUGCUUAUAUGCGUAUGUGUGAAUAUAGUUGAGAAUGAUUGUAAUGUUUGGAUUCCCCCUUUGGAUGACUGUUGUUGCUCGAUAAUGGUUCAUUUUCCUGCAAAUCAGAUAAUAUUUCUGUGAAUGUUUUAUUAAUGUGUAAAGAGACAAAAACAAUGUAAAUGGUGUACAUUUUACAAGAAUGUCUUGACUGUUUUGAGUGAUGUACCAGUAAAUUGUUUCAUUUGUUACACAAAUGAAGUGUAAGUCUGCUUGUGUU